UUCACUAGUGCCAAUAACACAAGCCAAGAAAACAUUAGACUUAAGAUAUAUUCUUUCUUAAUAUAUAUUCUUGUUAAUUUUGACAAUGAUAGGAUGGGAAGAUGUUUACAAAGUGGUGGUAGCAAUGGCACCACUCUAUGUUGCCCUAAUUUUAGGCUAUGCCUCGGUGAAAUGGUGGCGAAUUUUCACACACAAUCAAUGUGAUGCUAUCAAUCAUCUCGUUUGUUAUUUCACUCUCCCACUUUUCACCUUCGAAUUCACAGCACACGUUGAUCCUUUCGAGAUGAAUUACAAGUUCCUUGGAGCUGAUGCCAUCUCGAAGGUGAUCAUAGUCGUAGUGCUAGCGUUUUGGGCAAAGUGUAGUACCGAAGGGAGUUAUCGUUGGUCUAUAACGAGCUUCUCUUUGUCUACACUUACUAAUUCGCUCGUCGUUGGUGUACCUCUAAUGAAAGCGAUGUAUGGUGAGGAAGCUGUGCACUUAGUUGUCCAAGGAUCGGUUACACAAGCCAUUGUGUGGCUAACUAUACUCUUGUUUGUGUUGGAAGUGAGAAGAACAAGGACAGAUUUUAGCUUGGAUUCUCCUAUUGGAGACAAAAAUAAUAUUGUACUUGAAGAGAAUAAUGGGAGUGAUUUGGAAGGAAAUAAUGCAAAGGUGGUAGCAAGCAUCACUAGACCUUCCUUUUGGUGUUUGACAAGAAAAGUGUGGUUGAAACUUGCUACAAAUCCUAAUUCAUAUGCUUGUAUCUUUGGCCUCACUUGGGCACUAGUAUCGAACAGGUGGCACAUGCAAAUGCCAAGCAUCAUCGAAGGCUCUAUACUGGUAAUGUCAAGGGCUGGCACAGGCACUGCCAUGUUUAGCAUGGGGAUGUUCAUGGCAUUGCAAGAGAAAGUGAUAGCAUGUGGUGCAACUCUAACUGUGUUUGGAAUGGCUUUGAGAUUCAUAGCUGGACCAGCAGCUAUGGCUAUUGCCUCCAUUGCUAUUGGUUUGCAUGGGGAUGUCUUGCGUGUCGCCAUAAUCCAGGCAGCAUUGCCACAAUCCAUUACCUCCUUCAUAUUUGCCAAAGAAUAUGGCUUACAUGCAGAAGUCCUUAGCACAGCGGUAAUAUUUGGCAUGCUGGGAUCUCUUCCGGUGUUAGUUGGCUAUUACGCAAUCUUGGAGUUUCUUCAUUAAUUCCUCCUCAUCAUAGGAAGAAUGGCAUUAAUUCUUCCUUCUUAAUCACAAUAGAGACAACUCAUCUUCUUCUUCUUUUUUUUUCUUUUUUUU